GCCUCCAGGGUUGUACCAUCAUAACUGAGGUGGGCGUGUAGGAACAGCUCGCUGCUAGCUAGAAUGAGAAAUAACGUUGUGUCUAGCAAGCUAAAAUUUCUACAGAGAUUGAUUGUAGCUCGGUAGCAUAGAGUUUGUUGAGGUUCAGGCUGAAAUUAAAGCCUUUUUUUGCGACUUUUAACUGACUCAAUUCUGCAAGUCUUUUUGCGCUAGCUUGUUAGUCCUUAAGUUACCAAUAGCUAAGGGAAACUAGAGUAGGACUUUAAUGGUCAACGGUUAUUCAGCGUGCUAGCUACUAAAGAAAAAAAAAAAAUCUCCUAAGCUCGAACAUCCAUAACGCAACACCCUCUCAUUUCUACGUCCACAACCGGCCGUGUGCGGGGUGUCGGCGUUGUUUGUCACCGAGUUUCUGUCUAACAUGAUGUGUGGAAUGUCGGGAUGACAGGAAGAUGGCAAACGGGGUUGGAAAGCACAAGCUGCUUGUGGUUGGACCGACAGAGCCAUGGUCAGUGAGGGAGAAGCUGUGUUUGGCCACAUCUGUCAUGAAGAGUGGAGACCAGAACUGGGUCUCUGUCAGUCGAGCCAUCAAACCCUUUGCAGAGCCUGGACGACCACCUGACUGGUUCUCUCAAAAGCACUGUGCCUCCAAGUACUCCGAGCUCCUUGAGACAACAGAGGCCCCGAAGCGGAAGCGUGGGGAGAAGGGGGAAGUGGUGGAGACAGUGGAGGAUGUGAUAGUGCGCAGGCUGACAGCUGAGAGGAUUGAACAGCUUAAGAGGUUGAUUAAAGAGACACAGGAGAAGCACAGGAAACUGAAGAGAGAGGCUGAACUCAUUCAAGCAGGACAUCUUGAUUCCAAACUGGAGGAGUUGUGGGAGGAAAUUUUACAGAAGAAGAAGCAGGAAGAGGAGGAAGCAGAGUUGAAGAGAAAAAACACAGAUGCUGCCUAUCAGGCCAGACAGGUGGCAAAGAACCCACCAAAGCGGAUGCCCAGUGUCACCAUGCAUUCACCCUCAUCUUACAGCUCCCCAGGCCAGGACUUCUCCCCAGGCGACCCACUCGAGUGCUUGACUCUGGAUCUUGCUUCCUCAAAAAAUGCUUCAGUAUCAGCCAGGUUGAUGACAUUUGCUGAGACUUCAGGACCCAGUACUGACGACAUCCCCCCCGGAGCACUUCUAGACGACCCCACUCAAAAAAAGCUCCUGGGCCAGAAAGCCACACCCCCACCUUCUCCACUCCUGUCAGAGUUACUGAAGAAAGGCAGUAUCCUGGCCACCAAUGCUAGACUGAUUGGGGAUGGUGAUGGGUCCACCAGUAACUUGACAGGAGUGCAUGACUUGCAUCUGGCUCCAGCCUGUCAACCUCUGUCUCAGGCAACAGGUGCCCCGAUGCUGUCCCGUCUCCUGGAGGCAGGACCCGCCCACUUCUCACCUCCAUUAGGCUUUAUGGUCAGUGCAGACUCUGGAGCUCCUCUCUCUGCUGCCACUCCUGUUUCCGCUGACUCCUCCAACACAGCAAAGACAGAGGUGCUGUCCGCGCCUCUUGGAUGCCAGGUGAUCUCCACAGAGGAAAAGGUGUCAGCGGUCAGUGAGGAGGAUGUAACCGUGUCCUAUAUGGGAGAUGAGCUGGACCUGAAGACAGUGGGGGACAUUAUUGCCAUCAUUGAAGAGAAGGCAGAUGAAGCUGCAGAGGCUUUGGAUGCAGCUGCUGUGGAGGCUGCUCUGUCCCUUUGUGAGGAGAAUGGUCAUACCCUGCCAGGGGGCUGGAAUACCGGGCCUUUCCAGCCCCAGGAGCCUGAUCCCACAGUGGCCUCCCAGUCCUCCGCUCUGCACCACGGCCUGCAGGGGCGCGCGGAAGCCUCACUUUCUUCUCUGUACAGCAGUCAAAAUAACAAUCUUAGUGUGUUUCCUGUGGAACAGAGGAACCUUCCUCCCACACCUUCAUCUUCAUGGAAUUCUAAUUCCCUGGAGCACUGCCACAGCCCGACAAACCCACUGUCGCAGGCCAUGAAAGAGGCUGGACAGCUGGGGGACCGCAAAAAACACACAAUCGAGAGUACCAUUAAAUGUGAACAUGAUACAAAGGCACAACAAAGACCUGAAAAAACCAGCGGAGACUCAGUAUUAGAAGAUAUCCCACAGACAGAAAGGGAGCUUGAGGAGACAAAGGUGGAGGAUGGAAGUAGUGUUGAGGGAGGAGAGAAUGCCUCGGAGAGCAAAGCGUACGGUGAGGUCACCGGGCCCGAUGUGUGCGGAGAAGAGGAGGGCGAUGGUGCAGAGGAGUUCUCGUCAGAACCAGAGGGGGAAAUGGAGCUGGAGCCCGCCGCCAGCGAGAGUGAAGAUGGAUACAGUCUCCACACGGCGUCCUCGUCCCUGCAGCUGCACACAACCGCCGACUCCAUCCCCAGCAGCCCCGCCUCAUCACAGUUCUCUGUGUGCAGCGAGGACCUGGAGGCCCUGCAGGCGCAAAAGAUCUGGAAAAAAGCCAUCAUGCUUGUGUGGCGUGCCGCAGCCAAUCACAGGUAUGCAAACGUCUUCCUCCAACCAGUCACAGAUGAAAUAGCUCCUGGAUACCACAGUAUUGUGCACAGGCCCAUGGACCUGGCUACCAUCAAAAAGAACAUAGAAACCGGUUUGAUUCGUACCACCGCUGAGUUCCAGAGGGACAUCAUGCUGAUGUUUCAGAACGCCGUUAUGUACAACAGUUUGGACCACGAUGUGUACCACAUGGCUCUAGAGAUGCAGCGUGACGUCUUGGAGCAGAUCCAGCAGUUUCUGGCGACCCAGCUCAUCAUGGAGACGUCCGAAUCUGGUAUCAGCGCAAAGAGCCUGAGGGGCCGUGACAGCACGCGCAAACAGGACUCUGCUGACAAGGACACUGUGUCCAUGUCUUCACCUGCCUUCCUUCUUUCUCUUUUUGAUAGCGGCACCAGAGGGCGCCGCAGUGCCAUAGAAGCCGACCUCAAGAUGAAGAAAUGAAGCCUGGGUAUGAAAGUACCAUCCGACAGUGUCCCAGACAUGAAGUGAGAGGAAGGAGAUAACUGUUGGUCAGUGUAGUGUGAUGUUUACUUGGACUCCAGAUUGAUUGGAUGCACAUUAAAGCAGUGGGGCUCAUUUAUUUUGUGACAAUAGAGACAGGGAUUACAUACUGUUUGAUCCACGAGUACUGUGGGGCGUUCUGUAUGACUAUGGUCAAACCUUUCUAAGAUAUAACCGCAGAUCACUUCAGAUUUAACCUGCUCUGAGGUUCAUGACAUGGCAUAAAGUACUAGUUAAAUGUUUUUACAUACCUGCUCAUCCAGAAUGAAUGGGAGUGUUUGUCUAAGCCUUUGACCCGUACUGAUAAUGUGGAUAAAAGUUACUCAGCUGGGAUAAAAUGGAUCUUAUUUGAUGGAUUUUCUGCAGAUUUCUUUUCCUAAUAAAUAAGUAAAACCCAUGUCUGAACUG